AUGCCGCCGUUCGGCGCGGGGCUGCUGGUGCUGACGGCGCCGCUGGGCGCGGUGCCGCGGCGGGCGGCGGCGCUGCUGGCGGCGGCGGCGCGGCUGGUGGCGGGGCCGCUCUACGUGCGCCUGGCGCCGGGGCUGCGCCUGCCCGAGGCGGCGCGGAGCUGCCUGCGGGCCCUGGCCGCCGCCUACGGCUGCCCGCCGCGCCUGGCCGCCGAGCUGCUGCCCGCCGAGCCCGGCCCGGCGGCGGGCGACGGCGGCGCCCCCGAGGGCGGCGGCGGGGCGGCGCUGCCCGCCUUCCCCGCCGUGGCGGUCGGCGGCACCUUCGACCGGCUGCACAGCGCGCACCGGCUGCUGCUGAGCGCCGCCUGCCUCCUGGCACAGCGGCGCCUCCUGGCCGGCGUGGCCGACGGGGCCCUCCUCCGCAAUAAGGUCCUGAAGGAGCUGAUCGAGCCCUACGAGCUGCGGGUGGCGAAGCUGCGUGAGUUCCUGCUGGACGUGGAGCCCUCCUUGCACUAUGAUAUUGUGCCUCUGCUGGACCCCUAUGGCCCAUCGAUAACAGACCCCGAACUGCAGUGUAUAGUAGUCAGUGAGGAAACUCGCAAGGGAGGGGAGGCUGUGAACAAGAAGAGACUUGAAAAUGGGCUCUCUGAGCUGGCUCUCUAUGAGAUCCUCUUGGUGAAGGACCCUUACCACAGUGAGAAUGAAGAGGAGAAGAUCAGUUCUUCCAGCCUCCGGCAGAGAUUGCUUGGAACAUUGUUGCAGCCCCCGCGGAAAGACCCCUCCUUGCCUUCUCGCCCAUAUGUGAUUGGUCUGACUGGAGGAACGGGGAGUGGGAAAACCUCUAUUGCCAAAUACCUUGAACACCUUGGAGCUUUCCUCAUUGAUGCUGACAAGCUGGGCCAUGCUGUAUAUGUUCCCGGUGGCCCUGCCUAUGAGCAGGUGGUGGCAACAUUUGGACCAGAAAUCCUGAAUGAAGAUGGGACGAUUAACCGGAAAGUCCUUGGGGCCAAAGUGUUUGGAAACAAGGAGCGACUCAAGUGUCUCACAGACAUCGUGUGGCCUGAGAUUGCCCAGAUGGUCAAGAAGCAGGUUGGGGAAGCAGAUGCUUUAGGUAAGGCUGUGUGUGUGCUGGAUGCUGCCGUGCUGCUGGAGGCUGGCUGGAAAGACAUGGUCCACGAGGUGUGGACAGCCAUCAUCCCCGAGGAGGAGGCCUUGAAGCGCAUCAUGGACAGGGACGGGCUGAGUGAGGAGGCUGCUCAGAACAGGCUUCAGAGCCAGAUGACCAACAGCCGAAGGGUGGAGCAGUCGCACGUUGUGCUGUGCACGCUGUGGGAGCCGGCCGUCACCCGCAAGCAGGUGGAGAAGGCCUGGGCCCUUCUGCAGGAGCGCAUGAGCCAAGACCAGAGCCGGUGAGCGCAUCGCUCGCCUUUUGACUCUCCCUUACUGUCACGCACGGGCAGACUGCAGAUCAGGCACUGAUUGGACCUCUGGUGAGGGUAGAGUGAUCUUGCUCAGGCUGUGUCCUGGCACCAUGCUCCAGCAGUAAGCAGGGUGCAGGCUGGGAGGAGCACAGCGCUGGACCUCAAACUGAAGCGGUGAGGGGCUGGGGAGAUGUCCUGCUGCCGCAGGUGGGUGCAGCUGGGAGGCGGCUCCUGCUGCAGAGCAUUGCUAGCGAAGCGACUCGAUUGUGCAGAGCUGGAGGAGCGAAGGGCUGAGCCAUUCAGGUUGGCACAUCUGCAGACUCUUGUUCUACGCUGCUGCCAGGCCCUGGGCUGCAGAAAGCCAGGAAGGACACAAGCGCAGCUGUGUUUUCUGGCCCAGCUCAGUGUCCAGCCCGCCUCCCUGCACCUGUAUGGCUCAGGACACUGUGAACCCCGUAACUGUGUGACAGUAAAAGAUCGUUUUCUCUCUUU